AUGGCCCAUGUCGGAGGUGUUAACGGAGGUGUCUUCGUGGCGGCAGCCCUAAAGGACAUCGGAGAGAAGCCAGCGGCAAGUGUGGCCAGCAGCACUGCCCUGGCCAUCAGAAACUCCACGAUUAUAGCCCAUCGACUGUCCAUCUAUCUGCCGCAGCUGUUGCUUCCCUCUCGAGACCCACAAAAGCUCAUAACCGAAAUAAACUGCAGUGUGGCCCAGUUUCGGGAGAUGCUCAUCUUCAUUGGACAGGCGCGGGACUCGCCGGAGUUGCGCGAGAAGAUCCGGAAGCUGAGGCGCAGCUGCUUGGACGCCUGCAAGCACACGGCACACCUGAUCACCCCGCAGCCGCGCCACUGUCUGGGCAGUCCCAGCGAGAGGAUGCACCUGACGUUGCUCUACCAUCUGAGCCAGCUGUUCCAUCACGAGCUGAUCAAGAGCUAUCGUCUGAUUCAGCUGGUGCCCCUCGAUAUGACCGAGUAUUAUGCUCCUUCGCGCACUGCUCCCUCUAAUCUGGGGAAUGUCAUCAGUCAGAUCUUGUUGUGCAAGCAAAUCAAUCCCGACUUCCAGCAGGAGGAACUUUGCAGCAUCGCCAAGGAUUCCCAAGAGCUGAGCGAGUUGUUGGAUGAGCUUAAAGCCCAUAUGCCCUUGCCAGAGGCAACUCCCACUCUCGAUGUGGAAUUGGAUCAGACAAAGAAAUCCGGCACUGGUUUUGUGUCCCUCAACACACCCAUUUGGUAUACUCGCCAGCGUAGACGCAGCUGUAGGAGCCGUAGUCGCAGUCUCUGCUGUUGUCUGACCUCAUCGCAUGGCAAAACUUAUUAGACGAAAGAAUGAUAUCUAUAGAUAUUAGAUAGGAAGUGCGAAACAUCCCCAAGUUAUUUCCCAAGAUAAGAUGCAAGUUGAUAGAAGCCCAACCUUCCUGGAAACCCCAAAAAAUUAUGAAUACAAAGAGUCAUUCCAUCGAAUGGUACGUAAAGGAAAAGAACCACACAUAAUCAUUGAUUAAUUAUUAGCUAGGGAAAUGUAAGCUAAGAGUGUAAUUGCCUCGAUGAUAACUGUGGCAGCAACUCUUCGGGGAAUGAUAAAACUGGAUUCCCAGAAACGAUAAUAACAAUAAAGCCAAUGUGGGACAUGGCAUCAAAGAGCCUCAAGGCUAUACGAUUAUGAGUGUGUAAAGCCGAUUAAAGCCAAACCAGAAAUACUUACAAAUCGGUGGAGGCAGAGUGGUCUUUCUCAAUUUGGGAUUUCGAAUGAAAUCUGAAAGCUCUUCCCCUUAAAUGAUGCACAAAGGGCGAUAAAUUCCCAGAAAUCAGGCUAAAUCCCCACCCUUUAUAACGGGGGCUAUCAUACCAUAAUUUUGCGGGAAGCCGCAGAGCGUUAAGUUUAUUUGCUGUGGGACUUAGCGGCAUGCCAGCGUUCCAGGUGACAACACUGUAGGCGGCUGUAGGCCCACCAGGUGGUGCCUGAGCCAUAAAAAUUGAUUAGAUUCCGGCUUACAUCUCACUCUCGAGACGACGACGACAUCACGCCCUGUCAUUGGACAAUGGCAACUGUGUUAAGCAUCGCAUGAUUCUCGAGCAGAUGAUAAUAGAUAGUCGGCCAGAGACAGA